ACGCAGGUGUGUGAGCAGCAGGAGGUGUGCGGAGCGCCAAACCCAAACUUUUUACGCACCGUGCCGUCGCUUCACCUUCACCUUCCUCUUCCCCUCUCGCGGAUUAACACCUGAGCAUCACCCGCUGCAGCCGUUUUCCCCUGUUUGCACCAGAUUACAAUGGAUUAACAUUUUCUCGGGAGCCAUGCUCACAUUCUCGGUUCAUCUUGGGUCGAGCCGCCGAGACCUCGCAGGGAACCGAUCCGACUUGGAUGCCCUCCAUUCCCGUUUCCGCAUUCCCGCAGCCGCCGUGCGCACUGCAGGCGCGGAGCUCAGAUCCGUGAUCUCAACAGAAAAAACCGGUUCCUCCGGCUAAUCUACCCAACUAUUGCUGGCGGUGCAUUAUGUUUCCAGCCAGAGGAAGAGAGGGAACCCGGAGGACUGAACGGCUGGUCACUGUGGGCUGUAAAAGGCCGUUUUCAGCGGACUGAGAAUCCUGAACCGCGUCUUAUUGAUCGGUGAACCGACCAAACCUGGAAUAACCCCUCCGCCGCGCUCCUUCAUGUCCCGGGAUGGAGAGUUGCUGUCGCUCUUGUAUGCCGUGUUUAAGCCGGCUCUGGGACUGCAUUUGGCCGGACUUCCGCUACCCAGCCGUCCCCAACAACAACCAUGUCAUCGCCAACCCUGCCGCGCAGGCGGCGGAGAUCCGCACCGUGUCCGGCGACAUCCGCGUCCCGUCGCCCAAGAAGCGGCCGGUGCAGCUUUACGCGGCGCUCUUCGACUUCGAGGCCCGCAGCGACGACGAGCUGACGGUGAAGGAGGGGGACAAGCUGUCGGUGAUCGAGAAGCGGGGGGAGUACGUGCUGGCCAAGAAGCUGACCGGGUCUCUGGAGUCCGGACUGAUCCCGGCGAACUACGUGGCUCUGCUGCAGGACGAGUUCGCCAAACACAAGUGGUACUAUGGGAACAUAAACCGUGUGAAAGCUGAGAAGCUGCUGCUGGCUUCCCAAAACAAAGAUGGCUCCUUCCUGGUUCGCAUCAGUGAGAGUCACAGUGACGAGUACACAAUCUCUGCCCGCAGUGAAGGGAAGGUGUACCACUUCAGGAUCCAGCGCUCCUCCAUCGGGGCGUACUUUGUCUCAGAUAAGAUCUCCUUUGCUACGCUGGGAGAGCUGAUCUCCUACUACCAGAAAAACCCUCGCAGCCUGGGAGUGCUGCUGGAGGAGCCCUGCGCCCAGCAGCGGGAGCUGUACGACAUGGAGCCGUGGGAGAGGCCUCGAGAAGAGUUCAGGCUCCACAAGAAACUGGGAGAGGGACACUUUGGAGAGGUGUGGGAGGCUCUGUGGACCACAGAGAACAAGAAGGUGGCCAUAAAGACGCUGAAACAAGAGGACACAAAGCAGGACGAGUUUGUGAAGGAGGUUCAGGCCUUGAAGAGUCUCCAUCACCCGAAGCUGAUCCAGCUGUUGGCCAUGUGCUCCAGAGGAGAGCCGGUCUACAUCGUGACCGAACUCAUGACUAAAGGAAGCCUCAAGUCCUACCUUGCCUCUGCUGAAGGCCAGGUGCUGACAUCAGCUCAUCUGAUCUACAUGGGCAGUCAGAUUGCGGAGGGCAUGGCCUACCUGGAGGACAGGAACAUCGUCCACAGAGACCUGGCUGCCAGAAACAUCCUGGUGGGAGACGAUCUGGUCUGCAAGGUGGCCGACUUCGGACUGGCUCGAAUUAUUAAGGACAGUGUGUAUACAGCCAGUCGAAACACAAAGAUCCCGGUGAGGUGGACGGCACCUGAAGCAGCAAUCUACCAGCGGUUCUCGGUAAAAUCAGAUGUGUGGUCAUUUGGGGUCCUGCUGUAUGAGAUGAUGUCACGUGGCAAGAUGCCUUAUGAAGGAAAAAGCAACAAGGAAGUGUUGGAUCUGCUGUCGUCAGGGUUUCGGCUGCCCUGUCCAACCCGCUGUCCUCAGAAUAUUUACCGCAUCAUGAUGGACUGCUGGGCCGCUGAGCCCUCUAAGAGACCCUCAUUCCACGCCCUACAUAGCCAGUUGGAUUCAAUAUAUGCCAGGAUAUAUUUCAAGACUAUAGAGGUAUAGAAAGAGGAAGACGAGGACAGUGAGAGCAUCUGCAACUAGCAGCAGGAUGGACUGCAACUAUGAAAAAGGAAGGAAAGGGGGGGAUGAGAAACAGCAAGCAGUAUUCUCCUCAACUGUGCACAGCAGGGUAUAUGCACUUUAAAAACACCAAGGUGUGAAAGGACAGAGGGAGGAGAGCAUCAGAAGUGGACAAACAGGAGUAAUAGUUCAAGAUGGAGAAGAUGCUCGCCAAAUCAAAGAGGAACAAUGAGGAAUCCUUCAUUUCUGAGUCUAAAACAAAACAAGAUGGACAAAUGAGAGCCUGAACAUAACCUGAGAGAGGUGUGUAAAUACACUCCUAUCUAAAGAAACUGAACACUGAAACCCUUGGCACAUUCACAGAACCAACUGUUUUUAAUUUUAUACCCUUUUGUGUUUUAUAAAUAAUAUUUUAUUACUUCUGUAUGUGCCAUGUCUGUGGAUGCACACUUUGAAAUGUUAUGAAAUCACCGGUCAGGACUCAAGUUAAUCACCUGUCUUCUGACUGCAGAGCCUGUGCUACAAUCGAGGUUAUGUGCAAUAAUUAAGAGCUUGCUGGGUUUUAGCCAUGCUAGCAGCCCCUGUGCUGGAGAGGUGACGGUCCAACACUUUGGUCAAUAUACAGUGAAAUAUCUCGACACAGAUUGAACUGAUUGCCAUGAUAUUUGGUGCAGAUCAUCAGGUUCCCCAAAGGAUGAAUCUUCACAACUUCAGUGAUCUCAUGAGUUUUUAAUCAUGCGCCACCAUCAAGUCAAAAUUUCCUCAUCCAACAUUUUAGUUUUUUGGGUACAGUAUCUUUUUAUAAACGAUCUCCCCUCAGCUUCAGCUGUGCUUUAAAAUGAAAGGACAGGACAGACCAAAGGUAUCACUUAAUUUACAGUGACCAAGAACUCUUUCAUUGUGCAUAUGGCAUGCGUGGAGUAUAACAGAUUUUGGGAUAUACUUUCUUUGCUCUCUUCAGCCCCAUUUGCACAAGACUAGUAUUACAUGGGGACCUCAUGUGAUUUGAUGUCUGUGUUUCAUGUGGCUCAUUCACAUAAGAUAAGCAAAGAAUGUACUUGAUGUAUGUAUUUGAUAUAUGAUGCUUGAUGCGCCCAGUCAUUAGUAACUUCACUCUAAACUGUACACAACCACUCGUCACAUGUUUCAUGACUUUGCCGUUCUAAAGGAUUUGAACUUGAUUUUUCUGCAAACGGGUCUCCAUGUUGCGCAAUGGGAUUCAAAAUGCCGCUAAAACUUUUAUUUUUAACUGCCAGCGAAGCCUCCAUAUUCCUCAGCCGUGAAAAAGGCAGGUGGAGGCACCGUAAAAACCUAAAAACACAAAACCUAAACACAACCCCAAAUCACAGAGAUGGACUAAUAUUAUCACACGACCUCUGUGUCUGUCAUUUGCGGUGGAGUUUUUACUGAACAAAUUAUGUACAUGGCAGAUUUGCACAGGAUUAAGAUCACAGAUGACCUCCGCCAUAAUUACAAAUUACCAGAGGUCCGCAGAUAAAAGUAGUCCUGGGCGAAUAGGGCUUUCCAAAAAGUUACAGUAGAUAAUAAAACUGAUACUACACUCGUGUUUCUACAUGAACUAAGAUCCAAUUAUUUUAUCCCUUUCAAGUGUAUUUGCCAAAAAAGUUGAACUUUUGGCUUAAAUGCCGAUAAGAAUGCAAAAAUAGAUGCAUGUUACCAUGCUAACAGUGGCAUGUUAGCUUGUGAAUUAAAGAUAUACUAUGCAGGAUUUUCCUAUAAAAUAAUAUAUAGACCCAUACAUACAGAAGUAAGCCCUCUCAAUCUUUACUUUUGACCCAUUAAAAGUGUGUGGCGAUGUAUUAUCAUUUUAUCUGCAGAGACUCUGCCCUCUGCCUGGAUUUUCUUAUCUUCUGUGUACAGGACGUUUAAGAGUGCGAGGCUCGGGCCUCAUAUAAAGGUCACAACCAGGUGCUAGACUGCAAGUAGCACGCAGCAAAGAGACACAGCACCAAAAAAAAUGCAAAUAUAAUGAGGCUGAAUGCCAAACGAGUGAAUCUGGGGUUCACAUUUGCUUUCCAGUUUGCUGGUGAAUGUGGUUACAAACAGUAACUGACAAUCCUGCAUAGCAUACCUCUAACAUACAUGCUAAACUCCAGCAGUUUAGUGACCUAUCAACCUGGCAACCAUUAGCACUUAGCAUGUUUAGCAUGUCAUGACUUAGGUCAAAGCACAGCUGAGUCUGAUGUCCUGAAAUGGCCACUGUUCAGAGGAUAAUCUGUCCUUUCCUCUGGGACAAAGUAGGCAUUUUACACCCUGUUAGAUGUAAAGAUAGAAGUCAAACUUUUCUCUGUUUUUCAUCAUCCAACAGUUUUGUUUUUGGCCACAUGGGGCCUCUAGUGUGGCUACACUGUUUUAGUCUUGUUAUUAACCACAAGCAUUAAGUAUUUUAUUCCACCUUCCUUCUGUUGCAGGAAUUUGUGAAUGAUUUGGCAACAUGUUACAUAUGUACAUUUCUUGAGAAUAGUGUGGGAAUUGUUUUUAUCCUCCUGUGAUACAUUUUUGGGGGCUGACCCAGUGCUUGAAAAGCCAGUGGGCCAUAGAGCCAUGUGUACAGGCUUUAAGUUAUUAACCUCUUUUAGAGGCUCACAGUAAUGGCCAGUUACAACUAGAGUGCCUAUGUUUACACCACAGACUGUCCACACACUAAACUGCAACCUAUGGACAGUUAAGAACUACAAAAUGAAGAACCUAUGGUAAAAAGACCUGCACAGUGAAUCAGCCAUAUUCAGAAGGCUCUUUCGGGAGGUGGAUUGUUGGAUUUCUGCACCACAAAAUUGUACAACAAUGUUGCAAUGCAAUGCAAUUUGAGAACAAUGCAACUUUUGUCUUUUAUGCAUGACAAUAAACAGCAGACGGAGCCAAGUUCAGGAAACUUUAGCCAUAACCACCAAAUCACAAGAUUGAGUCGUAUGUUUUAGGCUGAGUGCCAUCAGGUACCAAACACCAGUAGUGCACAGAAUAAAAUAUUUUAAGUAUUGUUUUGAAA